UUUUUUUCAAACUGGAGAAAUUCACAAAUUAUUUCCCUUUUGUUUAGAAACACCAUUUGUAAUGGCGAAUAAAGACGAAAACAAAACUGAAGUUGGCCCAGACAUCUUUGCUGAAUUUCUUGAAGUUGGAAUCCACCUCAUAUUGUAUAGCAGAAAACUUUAUCCAUGUGGUUUGUUUGAGCGUAGAAAGAAGUACAAUGUUCCAGUGCAGAUGUGCUUACACCCAGAUGUUACAGACUACAUAUCAAAGGUCAUUCAAAGUGUCAAGGUCAUGGUUGCAAGUGGUGAUGUUUCCAUGGUAACUGUUGUAGUCAUUGACCAAUCACAGAAUCCAGUGGAAAGAUUUGUUUUUGAACUUGGAGCCUCAGGGUCAGAAGACAGGGACGAUCCUUACUUGUUUCGUCUAGAAGAUGCAUUACGAGGAUUUCUACUUAAACUAAAUAUAGCAGAUACUCAACUUAGACCUUUACCUCAGGAAUGUUCGUGGGUUGUGCAUGUCCAUACAAAAGAAUCUACUGCUGACAAAUUUAUACAGCAGAAAACUAUAGAGGAUUUAUCAUGGGUACCUGCAGAUAUAAAACAAACACAGUUAAAAGAUCCAGUAUUGCUGCCAUUAAAAACAACAAAUAACAAGAUGCUCAAGAUGCAGCUAUAUAUUGAGGAAAGUUCAGACAAGCAGACAGUCUCACAUUGAUUAUAUUACAGCGAUUUUAGCAUAAUUUGCCUCCUGGUGUUAAUAAAGACAGAACAAGUUAGAACAGACAAAGCUAAAGACAGUAUAUUGGAUCUUUACCGGUAAUUUACAGACACUGGAACAAAUGGGAAAUAGAUCAAAUGAGCCGCGUCACGACAAAACCA